AUGGAAGACGGCCCGCACCGCUUGCGCGGCGAAUCCAACGGUCUCUGUGAAGCCCUGGUGCUGUCACGCGACAUCAGACGGUCGCGCGCACCUUCACCCAACACCCAAACCGCAAACAAGCGCAAAGACACCUCAGCUCCAGCGAUAAAACUUUCCCCCGACAGCGUAGAUUCAGCAUGGCUUCUCCCGACUAAGCGCACUUGCGCCCAGAUGGAAAUGCACCAGAGUACAUGUCUCAACCUAAACAACGCAUCCACCGACAACACGGACGCUGACUUCUGGAUCUUGCCGGACUUUGACGAUUGGGAACUCGAUGCUGAGACGCACCGGAAAGAAGCGACGCAGGGUGAAUCACAUAUUGCUCCUUUACUUCAGCGCGCGGCGACUUCGAAUCGCGAGCGACUGAGGGCUCGACUGGAAGGCGAUGGAUGGGACUUUGUGGGAGGCAAGUACGGCCAGGGAGAGAAUUUUGCUAGCCAGAGCGAAGAAAGUGUUGAUGAAGAGUUCGAUGUCGUGGUUCUGCCAGAUGGGAGGCACAAGUUAAGACGUGGCGUCGACUUUGAGUGUCAUUUGAAGCUCGACAUGCACUUCACAAAUGCAUUCAUUGCAGCCAUUGUGGCUUGCAAUGUGCUCGCGACACCAAUUGCUCGCUCGCCGUAUGCUGUUAAAGAGACGCAUUUUGUGCCAGAUGAGUGGUUCAAGCAAGAGCGAACGCAAGGGCAACAGAAAAUUCAGUUGCAGAUUGGGUUGAAACAAGGUCGAUUCGAUGAGCUUGAUCGGCAUCUCCAAGAGGAUAAUGAGCGAUAUGGCCAGUAUCUCAGCGCCGAAGAAGUCAACGAACUUGUCGCGCCGAGCUCAGAGACGCACCAUCUGGUUCAUGACUGGCUGCAAGAAAACGGCAUCAACGUCAGUGAUCUAGGCUACAGCGCAGCCAAAGAUUGGAUAAUUCUUCAUCUUCCCAUAGAGAUGGUGGAGAACUUGCUCGACACUGAGUAUCACAAUUACAAGCAUGCUGAUGGAAGGAUCGUCUCCCGUACAACUCGCUGGUCACUUCCAGCCCAUCUCCAUGGGCACAUCGACACCAUCCAGCCCACCACAUCCUUCUUUCGCGGCGCUCCUCGCACCUGGGCCCACACUACAGCACAAGUACCAGAAACCUCCUCCCGCCCCGACAACGCCUCUCUCGCCGCCGUCUGCGAUGCGAAAUCCCUGACCCCCGCGUGCUUCCAAACCCUCUACGGCACCAAAGGCUACAAAACUAAAGCCAGCUCCAAAAACAGCAUCGGCUUCGCUAACUACCUUGACGAAGUCCCCAUCCGGCCCGACGCGAAGCUCUUCCUAGAGAAAUACCGCCCCGAAGCCGUCUCGCAGGCGUCCUCCUUCACGCAGGUGUCUGUUGCCGGCGGCCCCACGCAAGACGGCCCGCUCACCGACAAACAACUCGCCGACGGCAAAUCUUACGAGGCGAACCUCAACGUCCAGGUGAUCGCUGGGUUUGCGUGGAACAUGAGCAUCACAGCGUACUCGACAGCGGGGCGUCCGCCAUUCCAGCCCGAAACGCCUGGCGAAGUGAACAACAAUGAGCCCUACCUAGUGUGGCUCGACUUUCUCGCGCAGCAGUCCUUCAUCCCCCGCGUGAUCAGCACGUCGUACGGCGAGCCCGAGCAAUCCGUGCCCCAGGCGUACGCCGAGCGCGUGUGCAGACAAUUCGCACAGGUCGGGGCGCGCGGGACGUCGUUGUUCUUUCCCAGUGGUAACUCUGGCGUCGGCAGGGAUGGACGCUGCUUCACCAACGACGGGCAGAAUAGGUGGCAGUUCAAGCCCAUCUUCCCGGGCGGGUGUCCGUACGUUACAACUGUUGGCGCGACCAUGGGCUUGGAGGAAGAAGUCGCGGCGUACGUGCCGCCGUCGAACGCGACUGGCGGCGGGUAUUUCGCAAGCGGAGGCGGGUUUAGCAAUUACUUCCCGCGGCCCGAGUGGCAGGAGAGUAGUGUGCCGCAGUAUGUCGAAAAGCUGGGGGACACAUACAAGGGGCUGUAUAAUCGUAGUGGCCGCGGAUAUCCGGAUGUCGCGGCGCAGGGGAUUGACUUUGCGUUCUUUUAUAACGGCACGGAAGGUUUGACUGGAGGCACGUCGGCGGCGACGCCACUUGCUGCGAGUAUCUUCGCGCUCGUGAACGAUGCGUUGAUCGCAGCUGGGAAACCGGCGCUGGGUUUCUUGAAUCCUUGGUUGUAUAAGAAGGGAUACAAGGCACUCAACGACGUUACGAAGGGUUCCAAUCGUGGGUGUAAUACUACAGGCUUUGCGGCGGGAGAAGGGUGGGAUCCAGUGAAUGGGUGGGGCACACCCAACUUCCCGAAGCUGGUGGAAUUGGCUUUGGGGGAGGGAUACCAAGAUGCGUCGUCGGUAGAGACUGGUGUAUGA